GGGACGGAAUGGAUCGGUGGCGUCAGUAGGUUCGUCGCGCAACUCUGCCUACAGGAGUCUCUGGGACACUUCGACAGGGCAAGAGGACGAGGAGGAGCCGGUUGUGCACGAAGCCAUCGAGCCCGAGUGCUUUGCGCAACUCGCCGGCAAGCCCAGCGCUUUGCAGGAAAACAUCUACAGCCUGUUGGCCGCGAGUGUGGUUCAUGACACCGUCCGGUUGAAGACCGGCACCUUGGGCCCCACAAGUCGCAUGUUGCGCUGCGGAAGCUCCGCUCUCCUCGUGGUUUUCUGCAUCGGCAUCCAGAUAUUCCUGCUGCAGUGCCUGUACCUGCAGUUCGUUCGAAGGGCCGUGGUGGACAUCCGGAAGUUGUACAGUAACUUCGAGCAUCACAUGUACACACAGACGGAGGUCUACGAGUCCGAUGCGGUAACUGUUCGUGGACUGCCAGGAUUUUUGAUGGAGUCUCAGAUCAAGACCUUCUCCCAAUCGGAGCUUGAGCGGAUAUGUGACAUCCCUUUGGCGAACUGGCGCUUCUUGGCCGCCAUUCUCUUGGUGUGGACCUUGGUCUGCUACCGGAACCUACGUGAUGGUUUCAGGAUGUUCAGACGCACAGUCUACGCCACGCCGACGACCGACGACAUCGACGAG